CUUCGACGACUUUUCCGUGGAAUCAGAAGCCACUGCUCCCAAUUCCUUAUAAUACAAUCCCCAAGACUUAAACAAACCAUCUCCAUCUCCACAGAGAGAGAGAGAGAGAGAGUGUGUGUGUGUGUGUGGAAAGGAGAAGCGAGAGAAGGCCACACUGAUCGAGAGGCACAGAGAAACCUCCACCUUCGCGUCCAUGGCUGCAGAGAACAAAUUCUUCGAGUCGUACAAGAAAGCCCUCACGACUGCAGCCUCGGUGGCAGCGUCUAUGAUGCUGGCCCGCACCGUCGUCAACGACGUCAUUCCUUACGAGCUCCGAGACUACAUCUUCUCGAGGUUCGACUGCCUCCGAUCCCGCCUGUCCUCUGAGCACACCAUCGUCAUCGAUCAGGCUGAAGGCUACGCAUCCAACCUGGUGUUCGACGCUGCCAGGACUUACCUGUCCACCAGGAUCAACCGCAGCAUGCGAUCCCUGCGAGUAAGCAUGGUGGAGGAAGGCAAAAGCAUGGUGGUCUCGCUAGAACCGGGCGAGGAGAUGAUCGAUGUCUACCAAGACAUCGAAUUCAAGUGGCAACUGAUCAGCCAACAAGUCGACCGAUCGUCAAGCCACACCAACAACCGUUUCUCGAGCUCCGCCACCGAGUCGAGGUCGUUCGUGGUCAGCUUCCACCAGAAGCACAAAGACAAGAUCCUCCACUCCUACUUGCCCUUCAUCCUCGAGCAAGCCAAGGCCAUCAGAGAGCAGGACAGGACGCUGCAGCUCCACAUGAACGAGGGGGACGGGUGGUGCCCCAUAAACCUCCACCACCCUUCCACGUUCGACACAUUGGCGAUGGACCCCAAGCUCAAGGCGGCGGUGAUGGAGGAUCUCGCGAGAUUCGUGAAGCGGAAGGACUACUACAGUAGGAUCGGCAAAGCCUGGAAGCGCGGCUAUCUUCUCUACGGGCCGCCGGGGACUGGCAAAUCGAGCUUGAUCGCCGCCAUGGCCAACUAUCUCAAGUUCGACAUCUACGAUCUGGAGCUUGCUGAAGUAAAUUGGAAUACCACCCUGCGCAGAUUGCUGGUGGGGAUGUCAAACCGGUCGAUCCUCGUGGUGGAGGACAUCGAUUGCUCCGUGGAUCUGCAGAAGCGGGACGAGAAGGAAUCCGACGCCACGUCUCCGUCCACGUCCAAUGAUGAUAAGAUAACGCUGUCGGGGUUGCUCAACUUCAUCGACGGGCUAUGGUCGACCAGCGGAGAAGAGCGAAUCAUCGUGUUGACCACCAACUACAAGGAUCGACUCGACCCUGCUCUUCUCCGACCUGGCAGAAUGGACAUGCACAUCCACAUGGGCUACUGCGGGCCUCACGCGUUCAGAGUGCUGGCCUCCAACUACCACGCCAUCGACGAGCACAGCUUGUUUGCAGACAUCGAAGGGCUGAUACGGGAGGUGGAGGUGACCCCUGCGGAGGUCGCCGAACAGCUGAUGCGGAGCGAUGACGCCGACACUGCACUGGAGGGGCUGCUCGAGUACCUCCGAGCAAAGACGAUGGAAGCCGAAGCUUAGUUUCCACACAAGGAUUCGAGACGAUGACGAAAAAGGGCAUAUGCGUAUAGGCCAAGCACCUGCCCAUGACUUGCGGAAGGAACCACUGGAGCGUCUUACGAUUUCAUCUCAAUGCAUCAGAGAAACCGAAUAAUAACAAUAAUAAUCAAGAGAGAGUACAUUGCAAAGGAUGCAUGGCAUCGUGAUAACACUUACCUCAAUCAACGACGUGAUGAACAUAUUGACAGAGUCAAAAAGCAAAAAAAAAGACCAAGUGAGAUUUGCGACUACAAACUUCUCUGUUUUUGCAGUGAUUACUGAAUCAAUUAUUAAUAAACAAUGUCGUCUCACACGUAACAAAA